UUUACCUCAUAGACCAAUGUCUUUUUACUACUACUGCUUAUAAAUUAGUUUUGUCUAAGAAAGGCACCCCCAAAAAAGCAACUCCGAUGCGCGGAACGUGAGGCUACCGCCCGUUUGUCACCGCCUGCCAUCGCACAACCAUAGUAGCUACCAGCUGUGCAGGUGAAGAGUGAACCAAUAGUUGAAGUGUCACUUAUCUAAAUCCAAUACUAUAUUGGAUUGAUUUCCACCAUAAAUAAAGAGAAGCAGCUCCAAAUCGCAUAAAUGACAGAUGCUAUAGUUUCAGCCGUGGUGGAGAGUGUUGCAACUAUGAUAAAAGACAAGAUUCGGUAUGAAGUCAAUUUGGUGAAAGGCGUGAAGAAGGAGCUUCAAAAUCUUUCCAAGAAGCUCAAUACGAUCAGAAAGGUGUUGGAUGAUGCAGAAAAGAAAGCAUUGAAUGAUCAAAUCGUCAAAAUUUGGUUGAAGCAGCUCGAAAACACGACUUAUGAGAUGGACGACAUUUUGGAUGAAUGGAACUACUCUCUUCUCAAACAUAAGUUGGAAGAUUCUGCUGAGCCUGACCAAAAGAUAGGCUGCUCCUUCAUCCCAUGUUCGUGUUUAUCUUUCAACGAAAUUUCUGUUCGUCGUGAUAUUGCCAAGAAAAUAGAACAUGUGAACGCCACGCUUGAUCAGAUCUUAAAGGAGAAGGAUGAUUUCAAUUUUGUCAUCUCUCUGCCUGCGCCCGAGUCUCACCGACAACCAACCACAUCUUCAAUUGACUUCAAGAAUGUUUAUGGGUCGGACAUAUAUAAGAAAAGGGAUGACAUAGUCAGGAAUAUGAUGCAUAAUGGUGGUGAUACCCAAAUUCUGUCUAUAGUUGGGACGGGGGGACUUGGGAAGACGACACUAGCUCAACUUAUUUUUAGCGAUCCUCAGUUCGAUAAGGAUUGGUUAAAAAUUUGGGUAUGUGUCUCUGAUCCCUUUAUUGUGUCUAAGGUUGCCAACGAUAUUGUUAAAAGUGUGACAAAAGAGACGAUUUCUCCAGAUGCCGACCCACUAGAAGUGGUGUUACAAAAAUUAAAAGCAUCUGUUUUAGGAAAAAAGUUUCUUCUCGUCCUUGAUGAUGUUUGGUCAGAAGACAGAGACAAAUGGCAGCCCCUGAAAAUCAAUCUCGAAUAUGGUGCACCAGGAAGUAAAAUUUUGGUGACAACGAGAAAUGAAAGGGUAGCUAAGAGGAUGGGUACCUCAGAUGAUGAUAUCUAUCACCCGAAAGAGCUUAAUCCUGAAGAGUGUUGGUCAUUAUUGCGUGCCAUAUCCCUUGAAGGAAAGAGUGAGAAUGAAUGUGUAAAAUUUGAGGAUGUGGGCAAGAAAAUAGCUAGCAAAUGCAAGGGAUUACCUCUUGCUGCAGUUGUUUUAGGAAGACUUUUGCAGUUCAAGGAUUUGGAAGGGUGGGAACACGUAGAGAAGAGUGAAAUAUGGCAAUUGGAGAAUGCCGAAGUAGAUCUUUUUCCUCAUUUGGUUUUAAGCUACAAUGAUUUGUCCCCGGCUCUUAAGCGUUGUUUUUCAUAUUGUGCCGUCUAUCCUAAAGAUCACAAAAUUCAUGCGGAGACUCUGAUAGAAGAGUGGAUGGCGCAAGGUUAUCUAGGCUCUGUUAGUGGAAAUGGUGCAGUGGAACUCAAAGGGCGAGAGUACUUGAAAAUUUAGCAAUGCGUUCAUUGUUUCAAGACAUUGAGAAAAGUGAGUCGGGGGAGCAGAUAGAAUGGUGUAAAAUGCAUGAUAUAGUACAUGAUUUUGCUCUAUUUCUUAGGAAGAAUGAUGACAAGGAGAGAAGUUGUCAAGUUUGUGAUUCUUCAUUGGUUUCUCAUGUCCAAGAAUAUCGGAGUCUAUCGUUGGACUACAAACCUCCUGUUGAUGAAAGAGACAGAAUUAGUCAAGUUUGUGAUUGCAUGAAAAGUCUUAGGGUGUUAAGAAUUGGGGUGGACUUCCUCCAGUGGGAAUGGAAACGUUGAUUCACUUGAGAUGGUUGGAUUUUAGUUGGAUUGAAUUGUCAAAGGAUGGCCUUGAAAUCAUAUGUAAGCUUUAUUUCUUGCAAACCCUUCUCUUAUCAUUGUGCGGCCUAACCGAGAUUCCACGAGAAAUUGGGAAUUUGGUUGAGUUAAGACAUCUUGACUUAAGUAGGAAUGAAGAAAUAAAGGAGUUACCAGAGAGCAUUUGUAGUUUGGUUGAACUGCAAAUCUUGAAUAUUGAAGGCACUGGUAUCAACUGUCUGCCUGAAGCAUUAGGUGAGUUAAGUAAUCUUUGUACACUGGAACUGUGUCCAUUCAAAG